GGCGUCGUGAUCGAGGGUCGCCGUUAUUACCGUGAUGUGUGGGGAUUGUGUGGAGAAGGAAUAUCCGAAUCGGAUCACCAGCUACAGUUGGAAACAUUUUUUGGCCCAUGAAUCAUAUUUGGCUGAAUUAUGAUUAUAUUAAAAACUAAGAGGAGUUACUCUAAAGUUCAACUGAGUACUAUACAAGUACAAUUAGAAGGCAUAGCAGAAUGGGGUAACACCUGCCUGGAGAAUGGGUCUUUUUUGCUGAACUACAUAGGCUGUGCAAUGUGCAAUAAACGGGACUUUAUGCUGAUUGCAAACAAAUCCAUGAAAGAGGAAGAUGGAGAAGAAAUAGUUACCUAUGAUCAUGUGUGUAAGAAUUGUCAUCACAUAGUAGCCAGGCAUGAGUAUACAUUCAGUGUCAUGGAUGAAUAUCAGGAAUAUACCAUGCUGUGUCUGUUAUGUGGCAAAGCAGAAGAUUCCAUCAGUGUCCUCCCUGAUGACCCCCGACAGAUGGCUCCAUUGUUCUGAACAUGUCACACCUUUACUGUGACAACUAUUUCACCUGAUAGUUUCACAUUUUAUUUUCAGUUCAAAUGAUUCACUUUUUUCAAAGUUCAGAAAUGACUAUUAAAAAAAUGUUCCAAGGAGAUGUUUCUCCCUAGAGCUGAACCCCUGACAAAGCCUCCUGUUAACAUCACUGGAGUCAGAAUGGUACUAGUAGCUGCAUGUCUCUGGGAGAAAUAAAAUGACUUAAAUUGCCCAAACAAGUAUAUCUUUUGAGGAGUAAUUAAAUGUCUCUCUUUUUGUAACGGAAUAAAAACUGGCUUGCAAAUCAGAAAACA